AUGGCUGAGGAUGCGGCACCAAAAAUUGCAGAGCAACAGGCAAACGUGGAUGCCGCCGUGAAUACCCCAGUUGUGGUUCAUUCAAACGAUGAUCGAACAGUCGCCCAGGAACUGGAACUAGAGCAAACGAGGAGUACAUUGGGAAAGGCGAUUGUGGAAACGCGCAGUACGCCUCUCGAAAAUAGACCGCGACUUCCCCGCAUAGCCCUAAGCAAGCGGAAUCGGGCUAUCGUAAGAGCUCUGAACCCAAUGCUGGUGACCUAUUUGGAAGCCAGCCGGGACCAUUGCGAGACGGACUCAAUUCUUUUUGGCGCCGCACUGGCAGUCUGCCGUAUUAUAGGCGCCAAACUUCCCACGGCUGGACGCGCUACUGGACAAAGUAGUACUAGCCCAGUCUGGAGAAUAAGAAUUGAAGAACGUAUCGCAAAGGCUAGGGCCCUCAUGGGCAGACUGAUAUGCUUCAGGUCAGGCAAUACCAGGCCUAGGAUUGUGCGCACCGUCAGGAUGGUGCUUGCUGGGACAAAUGUUUAG